CACCCUCUCCCCGCCCCACAAUAAAGCAAAGUGCUACUUCCUCCCUCUGCUGGUUUACACUAGCAGUUGCGUUCAGGUGCAAAUCGUGGGUGGGGUCGCCUUGACGCGUGCAGCACGUCCGUCGAACCCUCCGACGUCCUGCAGAAGGAGGAAAGCAGCCAGCAGGGAAACUCGCUAACGAGCCCGCAUCAGCACCACCGUGGACAAAAAGCACCAUGGCCUGGCCGUGCAUCACGCGGGCUUGCUGCAUCAACCGAUUCUGGAGCGACCUGGACAAGGCGGACAUCGCCGUGCCCAUGGUCUUCACCAAAUAUUCGGACGUUCAGCAUAAGCAGCCGAAGGGGCCUGCUGCGGAGAGCCAGUCGGAGGCCGGCAAGGCACCACCGGCCGGCGCAGUCGCCGCCGCCUCGGACGCCGCCUCCGUCAUGCGGCAAGAUUUUAAGGCGUGGAAAGUGCGUCCGGAGCCCAGCUGUAAGCCCCGGAACGAGUACCAGCCAACGGCCAGCCACUUCAUCCCGGAGACCCAGUACCAGAAGGACUACAAAGCGUGGCCCAUUCCCAAGAAGCACGACCACCCGUGGAUCCCCAAAGCCGGCGCUAACACCACCACCGCGGGGAAGCCGGAGCAAGUGGCCGCCGAAAUGGAGACCGGCAUGGAGAAGAGCGAGAUCGAGGAGAAGCUCCAGGAGAAGGAGACAAAGGAGCCGGCCAAGAGGGACAAAUCCGCCGAGAGGAAGGACCAAAAGGCGCCCGCCGGCAGUGCGCAAGGCAGGGCGGCCGCCGACGCUCUCAACAGACACAUUAAGCAGACCAUGAGCACUUCCAGCAGCAGCUACAGAAGUGAGUUCAAGGCCUACAAGGACGUGAAACCGGUCAAGCCCAUCAAGGCGGCGGCCCAAUACAAACCCUCGGCCGAGAAGGAGACCAGCCUGGAAACCAGCUACAGUGCCACUUUUAAGGGCGAGCAAGUCAAGGCCCAGCCGGCCGACAACAAACUGCUGGAGCGCAGGAGGAUACGCAGUCUGUACAGCGAGCCCGGCCAGGAGCCCCCUAAGGCGGACAAGCCGGCAUCUCGCAUCCGGCCGAAGAAAACGACGGCGGGGAAGGCUGGAAAGAAGAUUAAGGAGAAGAAGGUGCUGGCUGCUUCCGCGUCCGCCAAAAAGGAAGAAGAAGCCGCCGCAGCGGAGGCGGGCGUCACCAAGAAGAACAAAGAGAUCAGCAAUAGACUGGCCGAGGCCAAACAGUAACACACGUAUCUCCGUCAGCCUCUUUGCAAUGUGAACGUGCACUCGCUGCACGCCCCCUUUUUCCUCAUUUCACCUUGGGCUCAUGUACUUGUACAACGCGUGUCUAAGUGUGUAUGCGCAAGGGAGAGCAAAUGUUCGUGUGCUCAGGGCUGAGUUCUCGAGUGAGUUUUGGAAGCGUAACGCAUAUGUUGUUCGACACCAUUUAACUUUAUUAUAUUUUAUUCUCCAUCCACCUUUCUUGACCGAUUCGCACCGUUCCAACCUCAACAUAUUCCAAAAUUAUUUUGACCUCCGUUUUCCCACAAUUCCACAUUUUUCAUUCAAAAAUUGCCCAUUUAUUCCUUCUGGCGCAGUCACUAGAACCGUUUCCCGUAAUUCCUAUUCGAAAUUCUAAAACCAGGGGUCGCCAACCUUUUUAGACUGAAGAUCUACAUUUCUAGCCAACCAAUCUUCCACCGUUCGAUCAACCAUUACCGCACGAGCAUGCGUGUACCCACACACACGUAUGCCAUGAUGAGCAGCCGCCAUAACGGCCCCUAACAUGAAUGAAACAGAAAACUAAAGCAGAUACAAGAAAUUGUGAGUUUGUGAAAAGGAAAUCUCUGCCUACCUUAGUAGGGACGCCAGACGCGGAGGCUCGGACGCAUUAUUUGCAGCGCAUUAAGUGCAUGAACGUCAUGAUCGUAGCUCACGUGUACCGUUUUAUCUUUCUCCCGGUCCUCCACAUUCCCAUUAUUUGCCAGCGCCAUCGCUGCAGAUGUAACAAAUUGAAUGACGCUAAUAAUUUUAAAAGUAUAGAUGUAUCGCAACAGCUCUGACCGCAAGCUGCAAUUGCAGACUGCUGAUCGCAAACAACAUCCGGUGAUGGAGGUGACGCGCCAUCGUAGAUUAAAGGCGACCUGCGUUUUAAUUUUAGUUUGUAAAUACUUUUUUUGUGAAAGGGAAACUGAUAGAAUGCUGAAGUUGAAGUGUACACGAAAACAAUAAUAUAGAAUAUUAGCAACACGCAUGCAGACAACACCCCCCCCCCCCCUGCCUCAUUUCUCCCCUACAUCUCCCGCGAUCGACUCUGGACCAGUUUCGACUGGUUGGCUACCCCUGUUCUCAAUGUUCAGCUCAUUGAAUUCCCCUUGGAAAUGAAUUUCAUUUUUCACAAAUAUAAUUCUGUCACUUUGAAUGUAACUCAGCAUCCUUCCACACUUUCACCACAUUUUUCAUUCCAACGUGACACAUUUAAAAUCAUUCCAUGUCAUUCUCUGUCUUUCAAUAUCAUUGCACAUCACUCCACAUUUUUUCACCAACACCAAGCACUUUUAUCAAACAAAUCAUUCCAUAUCAUUCAUUGCAUAUCGUUUGAAACUAUUCAGAAUCAUCAAAGAGUAUUCAGUAACUUUCCACAUCAUUUCAUAUCAUUGCACAUAAUUUGAGAUUUUUUUUCAUUCCACUUUCCAGGAUUUACCUACAAUUUUUCCCAGAAUCCCAAUUGCAUUUUCUGCUAUUGUUAUUAUGAUUAAUUAAGCACUUAAUUUGCACAUUAUUCCCGAAGAGCCAUGGUUAUGUGUACAAAAGGGCAUUUUACACGUGCACUCCACAUCCAGUGAUUGUAAAAACUCAUUUUGUGAGGAGGGGAAAAAAAGGGCCCACUUUCUUGUCACAGUGCCUCUGCUGUUGCCCCCGCCUCCCAUCAGUGGCUUUCAUCCGUUUUGUUGCUAAGAUACCAAAUCAAUUGGACUAGAAUUCCUCGUAGCUCGCAUGCAAGGCCCUCCUUUUUUCCACCCCGAUUUACAGUAUGCAUUGUAGCUUGUACAUUGAGCCUUUUAGGGUCCAUAUAUGCUGUGCUGUUUGAAAUAUAUGCAUGUCUAGUAGUAACACACAAAAAAAAGUAGUCUCGUCAUGGCUGUACAAGCGAUGAAGUAAACAGACACCAGCGAGGUGGUUCCUGCUGCAACCUUACUGUUACACUAUUAACACAACUGUGGUUUUGAAAGGAAAUUGCACUCUUGUUAGCCUCACCUUUGACUUUCACUUUGCUAUGUAAAGAAACAAUCCGCAUGAGGCCAAUAACUUACAUUUUGAGUGGGAGUCUUCAGGCCACAAUGAAAUGCAAAAAUACAGUGACCAGAAAAGCAGUCGGAAUAUUAUGGACUGCAAGAAAAAAGCCAAAUUGUUACGAGAACAAUGUCAUCAUACUUUGCGGAAAAAUACAGACAAAAACAUUUCGUUACUUGAGUGUGUGUGUGCGUGUGUGUGUGUGUGUGUGCGUGUGUGUGUGUGUGUGUGUGUGUGUGUGUGUGUGUGUGUGUGUGUGUGUGUGUGUGUGUGUGUGUCCAUGCCACCACCAUCACUACAAGGAAGUCAACCAAGUGCCACCAUGUCCACUCCCACUCCCUGGUGCUGAAGGCCACCAUGUUUUUUUAUUUUAUUUUUUGGAUUGAGUGGUCUGCUUUAUUAUGGCUUGCGUCGCAUUAACUCAUCAGUGAAAAAAAGCUCUAAAGGGACAAAAAGACAAACGGAAACAGAUGACGAUGUGUUUGCUGUAAUCUUUUUUUGUGUGUCUGCGAGUGUGUGUGUGCGCGCUUCUUUCUCAGUUUGUUCAGAAUUAACUCAGAUUAAAGAACAAAAAAUGAAUGUCAA